AUGAGCGGCGCCACCACGCGACCAGAGGCGGCAACGGCGCCUGUAUCCGUGCAGCUUACACCGAUCGUGCCGAUCCGGGUCUUUGACGCGCAUGGCGAGUACUUUGACACAGAGAUGGACGUCGACGCCCCGUUGCGCUCGUUGCAGCUAGCAAUCGAGGACUACUUCAAGGUGAAGCCGGAGGUGCAGCUGCUCCUGCACAACCGGCAGCAAAUCCACGCAGACCGCUCGCUGCGCGACAACGGGUGCCUGCUGCUGAAGGGAGACCCCUAUGUAAAGCUUGUGUGCCUCCUGAAGCGCGGUCCAGUGCUGAACCUGCGAUGUGAAGUGGGACCCGUCACCUACGUAGUCGCCUGUCACGAGAUGGCGACGGUGUGGGAGCUAAAGGGGAUGCUGUGCGAGGAAAUGGAGCGGCAGCAGCGACGCGCAGCGCCCGCUGGCGCGGCGUCGCGCCGGCUGACGUGUGGGCCGGAGCGACUGCGUCUGCUGUGGCGGUACAUGGAGCUGAAUGACAAGGCUACCCUGCACUACUACCGCAUCUCCACGAACGCGGUGCUGCACGUGAUGCACCGCCGGCGGGCCUCGACGCCGGCCGCCGCUGCAGUCUCGAGUCCGUUGAACCACGAGACGGGGCUAAACCGAACCGUGACAACGCAACAGCCGUCCACGACAGCGUGGUGGCAGAGACCCCGCGCCGCGUCGGCAUCGCCCAGUAGCGCUGCCUGUGCUCCAGCGGCGUUGCCUGCCUCGGCACCGGAGGCGCGGGUGACGCACAGCCCGGCAGAAGGAUACAACGACGCCUUUGGCGCCGCCGCAAGACCUUGCAUGGGGUUGCCGAUGGUGUCGGGGUACACGCAGCCGCCACCGUCACUGCUGGCUGCUGCGGAACCGAUGGCCGCCUAUGCCGGGUCCACGCUUGGCGCGCCCCAGCACCACCACGACCUCCUCACAAGCUCCGAGGUUGUGACCUUGUCGCUCGCCGUGCGUUCGCUCGAGGCCCAGCUGCGCAGCCUCCAGCAGGAGCAGCGGCAGGUGGAGCAGUACCAGCAGUCCCUCACCGCCUACCAGCGUGGCAACCUCGCCGACGCCCAGCAGCGCAUCCUGGAGUUGGAGGAGACAGUGAAGCGGUUCCACGCGCUGCUGCAACGCGCCGUCGCGCUCAUUCCUGCAGCGGCGUGA